AUGGGCACUGCGAUGGACACCGCUAUGGGCGUGCUCGCAAUAGCGCUUAUGGCCUGGCUGUGCGCGUACUGUAUUACCAGCUCCCAGCCUGCUGAUGCGCAACCAGAGGACAUCAAAUUUCGCGAGGUAGACGAGUGCAAGCGUAGCAAGCCAGUGAAGCAGGACCGGAAGACAACGAGUCGCCCAACACAAGAGCAGAAGUACAAGCGACGUGAUGGAGACGAAGAACGUGAGCAGCUACGGACAGAGAGACUUCACGCUGCUUCCAAGGUGACCGCAUCGCCUGAGCUGAUCGAGGCGGAGGUUCGAAGGGCCAGAAUGACGGCAGAGGAGUUGAAGCACGACAUGAAGCGACGUCAGCGUGAGCGCGAGCUGUACACUGAAAACAAAGACCUCCAUGCGCGACUCGACCAGCAGAGGGCAGCGUAUGACAGCCACGUUGCCAGAAUCACUCGCGGGAGGGAAGAGGCGCAACGCGCUCUCCAGAGAGAGCAGGAAGCAUACAGAGGUACUGAGGAAGAGUUGGACUUGAUGAAAGACGAGCUCUCGACGGUCACAGAUCUGCGCGUCAAUAAGCAGGUCGGUGGUGACUCCAUGGCACUGACGGAACCAGAUCCUGCUGCGAGAUCUGCCACUGCGUGGGAGAAGCGAUAUCAGCAAGCACGGUCCAGAAUAUGGGCGCUCUUCAAAGAACGUAGACAGCGCGCCGCGGAGCUAGCAUCUACAAAGAAGAGAGUCCAGGCUCUCGGGGAGGCAGCUGUACGGCAGCGGCAUGACCAUGUGCGACUGAAGCGUCGAUGCGAGCGUGCAGCCCGCGACAAGACUGCACUAUGCUCCCGAAUUCGACUGGAGAAGACACGAGGACGGGACGCCAUGGAUCAGCUGCAAAUAGAGCACAAUCGUGCUCUUACCUGGGCAGAAGCAAGCAUCGAAACACUGCAGCAGGAUGUCGGUAGUAAGCAGAGCACCAUCUCGAAGUAUAAAAGCCGCGUGCAAACUUUGGAUAACCAGAGGAAAAAAGCCGCAAUCGAUCAUGCGCAAGCAUUGAAGAGGCAGCAAAAAGCGGCAGCUGACCAGCUCUCCGAGCUGAACAACAAGUACCAGCAACAGGGCGUCGAGCUCAGCACCACUAACAUAGAGGUUGCGCGACUCCAAAAGCAGUCGGAGGAUAAGUCGAGCCUCAUCGCUGAGCUCCGCCGUCAAUUGGACGAAUUCCAAAAGCAGAAUUCUACAUCUUCAGGCUCAACGCCAAAGGGAGGCGCGCCGAAUGACUCAGGACACUCCCGGGGAGCUAAGCCCAUGAGCGACCCUCCAGGUGGGACGCAGCAUGCUGAGGGCGAUGAGCUACCGAAGCCGCAAACUCACACGACCUCAGACCAACGGGGCGAAGACAUGGAGGUUGAACCUACUCCAAUACCUCUCGGCUCAGAUGAUCCCUCAGAGGGUCGACCAGACGCUCCAGAUACGGGCAUGGAAGAUGCACAAGCGCCCCAACAAUCUGCCACACAUGCGGCAGAUGUGCACAUGACCGAUGAGCCAGCUCCGAAUGAGCCCAUUUCACAAACCCCUGAUGCGACCAUGGGCGACGCGCCAGCUUCAGACGGUUCUGCUUCACAUGCUGCUCCAAAUGCGACAGUGAGCAAUGAUAUACCGCCGCCAGAGAAGGCCAGCUCGAACGUUCGAGAUACGAAUAUGGAUGAAGCGCCACUAGCUUCAAAAAAGUCCGCUCCCGCUGCACAUCCUCCAUACACUCCAGAAAAGGAGCCACCAGGAGCUUCAAUAGAAGGCCCUCCAGUGACAGGCAGCAUUCCCAGUCGUGCUGCUAAUUUGCCUCAGGCGACCGGCGGCCCUUCAUCAAGCGGUACCAGCUCAUCGACAGGCAGCCUUCCUCGUCCUACAGCCACUUCGACCAACACGGCUGCUAGCCCACCUCCAAGUGGCAGCCCCUCACCAAACCACACUAACACGCCCUCAGCCGACCCUCUCAUGGUGACAUACGAUCAGCUGCGCGCCGUCGUAAAGCCAGAAGGUAGCACGUUCGGCCAAACAUUGAAGCCACUAAGCAAGCAGAUACUGGUGAAAGGCAACGAGAGAGCUGAAAAGGCGCGAAUCGAUGAGGUCACCCGCAUGCUACGAGAAAUCACGACCAAUGAUGGGAACAUGAAAUAUUUCCUGAAGCCCGAUCAGAUACCGCUGAGACCCGAGUCCCUCGAGAAAGCGACGAUCUUGCAACCUCCCACUCCGCACGAGAUCCGUGCCGCUAUUGGAGCAAGCGGCGUAGCUUACAAAGACUUGUUAGCGAAGUUCCUUUGUAGAAUGAAAGAGAAGAAAGACCUCACCGAUGAGGUCGAGAAGAUCGCGGUAGACCGCGACGGAUGGCUCGGUUUGAAAGGAUUCAAAAGCGUGAAGUCACGAAAGAAGUGA